UGUACAAGGGAAGAUGGAGGGCGUUCUGCUGCCAGCAGCAUCUUGCAAAACCGUUCUGGAAUUAAUAGAAGUACAAAAAACCUUACAGCUUGCCAGAUCUUCCUGCCAAAUGCUACCAUUACUGGCUUUACUGUUAUCAGCUACUUCCGUCGGCUCCUGCAGUCAGCAAAAUUCAGGAGCUGUAAUAACAGCUCAUACUUACCUGAUGCAUCUUCAGCUCCAAUAGAUGAACCUGUCAGUGAGCUCAGCAGCUUGGCUAGCUUGAGCAGAAACUCCUGUUUUGUUCAGUCUAGUGGCAGAGAAAGUUUUUUAGGGUCCUGGCAGCAGUCCUUGAGCCUGACUUCAUCUGUUGCUUGGGUAACAGCGGAAGACUUUCCUACUCUGGAAGUGGGAAAACUGGUGAGUGAACAGCAUGAACAAGAGGGGUGGCCUGUCUCUGCAGAAUCGUGCAGUGUAAGCCUCAACAAUCAAACUCUUUGGGAUUCACAGUUUUGCAGCUCUUCUGUGAAGGAAGGAGAAGAGGAGGAUAAUGUAUUGAGUUCACAGCCUAGUUGGACUGACAGUAUUUCUGCAACUGAUAAGUUAGAGAGAGCGUCCUCUUCAAAGACUGAGUGUUCACACGGAAACAGUUCCAGGUUGUUACAACAUCCCUUGGAAUUUGGGGUAAAAAGCAUUUGCCCAAAGACUAAUAGCAGAAAUUAUUCUUACCCAGAAAAAUCCCACAACUCCCUUUUUCACAAGAGAGAUGCCUCAGCUUCUAAUCACAUAAAAGUAGCACAAGUGUCUCAGACGGACUCUAUGCUUUGGGACGAGCUCCCAUUCUCGGAAAGCCUAAAUGAAUUUUUAGCCAGAAUAGAGGAUGACAAGAGUGUUGUAACAUCACCCAGCCUUGAUGCAGGCAAACAGGCCCUUCUUGAAAGUAGCAAGUUGGGUGUGAAUCUUAACAAAUCGCAUCCCAGGCAAACCCUAGUAGCUGAUGACUUGCCUGAAGCGAGUAUCUCGGGGAGGUUCUUGCCACCAGCAGAGAAUGAUAGUUGGGAGAACAUAUGGUUUGCUUGUCUUCAGUCAAAUGCAAAUCCCCUGAGUGAUGAGGUGUCACAAUGUGAGUUUUCCCCUAGUGUUUUAUCUUCAACUGACAGGGAAGGCGGAGCAUCACGCUUUAUACCUAACCCUCAUCUACCUGUUCUGUCACAGUCCUUGCCAGCUACAUCAGAGCCUUCUGUUUCCGAAAGAAGAUACGUGCAGUCCAAAGAAGCAAAUACUGACAUUUCAAAGUCAGCUUGGUCUUUUAUUAGUCUGCAGUGUACUGCUGAACAUGGAGAAACCUCCUGUUUAAAAAGGAGCGAGGCAGCUAUGUGUGUGCAUUCUGCACAUGAUAGCUGUUUAGCUGGUUGUGAAAAUAAAGAAAAUUCUUCUACACCAAGCCAAAGAACUAAUCUUACAUUCACAGGGGCAUGGGACGCUGAUCCAGCAACUCCUGACAAUACAAGAAGGAUAUAUAAAAGAGAAUUAAAGCCAUUGACAGAACUAUCAGAAAAUACCUUCAAAAGUGUCAAUAGGAAAGAGAUGCUGUGGAACAGUGUCUUCCCUGAAGGCAGCUACAAUGCUUCUGCUGAUCUCUUUGAUGCAAGUGCAAGAGAGGUAGCAAAACCUGUAGAAUUCUUAAAUAAAUCAUGUAAUUCUUUAACACAGGAAGAUACUUUGACAGAAAAGGUCACAGCUCCUGAAUUGGUGCUUUAUCCUGGAGAUGUUCCCUGUGACAGUUCAAAACCGAGCUCAUCCCUGCGCAGGUCCGCUCCUGCUUUUAAUAAGUACAGUACACCAGUAACUUACUCCUUUUGUGAUUCAGAGUGCAAUUCACUUAGCACUCAAGACUUCGUUCCUUAUUCGCAGUCAACUCCUAUGACAAAACCUCUCCAGAAACUGUGGCCUGUUAGGGAAAGAAGCUCUUCUGUCACUAUCUUCACCCCUAAAAAUCCCGCUAAAAUCCAUUCCAAAUGCAAGCGAUCCAGGUCUUCCUUUCAAAACACUCUGUUGCAGCAGCUUACCGGCAGGUUAGUGAAAGGUGAAAGGCCAAAUAACAGGGAAGACAAGGAAAGUAAUAGCUCUGUUUCACAGCUGCUCCUUAACAGCCAACUGCCUGCCACCUUUGAGGAGUGGAUCCCUCCAUCUGCAAACAAAAGAGAGAACAGUAAAAAUGAUGUAUGCUUCAGAAGUGCGAGAUUAAACCCUGGGGAGGCAUCCAGGAUUCUAACAACUCCUGUAGCUGCAGGUGGCACCAAGGCCUUGUUUUUAAACAAUACGAUCCUGGAAACUUGUUUCCCUUCAGAAGGCAAGAAUUGCCUCUCAAGUGCAAGUUACUCAGGGGGUAUAUUGGGAGGGGCAAUCGGCUGGUCUCCCGAGUUGUUCUUCCAAGCACAGAGCCCUUUUUCCAACAAGCCAAAAUACUAA